AUGUCUACCUUCGCUCUUCUCGUGGUCUGCGUCCAAGCUUGCUUGUUCCAGAAUGUAUUCUGCUGGAUCGCUGAACCGGCUUUGGCUGCUGGUCCUCUUGGCUGUGCCUCCGGCUUAGCAGGAAUCCCAGCGCCUUUCGGCCGUGCACCUUUCGCUCCCGCUUUGGCCCCUGCCGCCUUGGCCCCAGCUGUUUUGGCUCCUGCUGCUUUUGCCCCUGCUCCAUUCGCCCCUGCUCCAUUUGCACCAGCUCUAUCUCCAGCUGUGUAUGAAGCCGGUAUUGGCGCGUACGGUGGCGAAGGCAUUGGUGACGUAGCUGUUGCUGGAGAGAUGCCAGUUGCUGGUACCACAAUGGUAGCUGGACAGGUGCCCAUACUUGGUGCUGUGCGUUUCGCGGGUGAUCUUCCAGCUGGUGGUGUUGUCACCAUUGUCGGAAACUCAGGUGCUGGAAGAUACGCCUGCUAA